UUUUUCUGACGUUUUUCUUUCCACUUUCCAAAAUUCUGUUGAUUUCGGCAUUUUCGUCAGUUUUCGUUGACCAAAAAUGGCAAAGCAAGAAAAAAAGACUGGCAAAGGUCCCGAUCCUCAAGAAAUAUUGAAUGGAUUUCAAACGUUGAGAGCAGAACAAAGAAGUUUAUCGUCUAAACUAUCUGAAAUAGAAUUGGACUUGAACGAACACAAAAUAGUUAUUGAAACUCUAAAAAAUGUGAACGAUGAUAGAAAGUGUUACAGACUAGUAGGAGGUGUCCUAACGGAAAGGAAGGUUAAAGACGUCUUACCAGUACUUGUAACAAAUCAAGGAAAACUUCAGGAACUGAUAGAUAUUCUAACUGAACAGAUCACAAAGAAAGGACAAGAAAUCAACGAUUACAGGGAAAAAUACAAUAUCAGUAUCAAUUUCAAAAAUAGGAAUAUGGACAAUUCAAAGGAGGGGAGCACGCCUCAAGCAGCGGAAUCAUCCAGAGGGAACGUUUUGGUGCCCUUACAGUGAUCUCAGCCACUUUUUUGUUAAAACACCUUUCUCAUGCUCGACUGCCCAGUAUUGAGUGUUUGAAAAUAGGUUUCUUGAUUGUUUACUAUCGUAUGGCAUUAAGAGCUGUUUAUUUUUUUCGUUAAUUUGUCUUUAAUGAGCAUGACCAAUCAGGGAAAACGAUUGCAGAGUAUUUCAAAUGUUAAACAAAUGCUUUUUCCGUUUUUAACAAAAAUUUAUGGUAAAAACCAUUAUAUCAAAGAUCAAGCGCAAGUUUAAAAUUUUUAUUAAUAUAGUUGUAUGUAUUUUAAGACUUUAAUAUUGCAAAUAAAAAUAUUUAAUUCUU